UAGAAAUCAGCUUAGGAUCCAAAGGGUCUUCAGGAAGCUCGGAGCUUGAGGGUUGUGGAAGUGUUACGCAGGACUCCAGUGACUGGACUAAACUUGACCCUGAAGUGAACUGUACAGAUGCUGAUGAGGCUCCAACUUACAGCCUACAGUCUGGAGCAGGAAACUUUGAAUGCAGUGUCUCUGGCUUGCGCUGGGUCUGUAAGGAAAAGGUCAUCUUUAAGUACCAGUUUUGCUCUUUGAGUGGACACUUUGUGAGGAUUGAAAGUAUGUAGUACAUGCCUGCAGGUCCCCUGAUGGACAUCACAGUCAUUGCUGGGAAGUUAGAUGUAGUGUACCUGCCACACUGGAUCUGCAUAUAUGACAAUCCUACAAUAUUAGACAAGUUUGCAGUCCUACACAUAGAUGACUGUGGAGAUGUCGUGGAAAAAGUGUCUGAGGUCACAUCGUCCCAUGUCAAGCUGUCUUAACCAGUUUUCUCUUUGAAAAUGGUCCUGGUGAAAUUAGGCCUUCCAGUUGAAAUAUACUGUAGGGUGUUAAUAUAUAGCAAGGUCCUCACAGCAUCAUCUCAAACAUCCCUCACACUUCAUGUUUACCUGAUCCCUCCUGAUCAGGAUCUAAUAAAGGUAUUGGACAAAACGGAAACAUCUGAUAGAUACAAAGGAAUCCGAAAGUCAAAUCCAGCGAAGCCCCUGAAAAUGCAUGACUGGUUCAUCUUAACAACAGAUCUAGAUGGUGCAGACAUUUAUCCUAAAGGCGAGGAACCCCAGACAUUAAAGCUCAGAUAUAACAGCACAGAUCCAAACUUCUAUGAAGUGGUCGUUAAAAAUCCAGACAAAGACUUUAAGCUCAUGCUCACACCAAAAAAUGGGCAUCAACCAGUUUGGACCAGUGAAAUUCUAAAAGGUGAAUGGCAAAGCACUGGCCAUGUACAAGUCACAGAGACAGCUGGACAAUCCUCCAUGCCUGGUCCAAGUUACAAGAAACACUCAGUGGACAAACACCAGGAAGCAGCAAUCACAGUGGCAGGAGAGAAGCUUCUGAAUAUGCUGAAAGAGUUGAAAAGUGAAGAGUUCAAAGAAUUCAAGUGGCGCCUCCCACGCAUCACAGAGUUCCAACGGGAGAACACUGACAGGGUAGACCUGGUUAAUCUGAUGCUGCAGACCUACAGCCAAGAGUCUGUGGAGGUGGCCAAAGACAUUUUAAAGAAAAUUCCCAGGAAUGAUCUGGUGCAGCUGUUGUCAGACACCAGCUCAGGGUCAGAAGCUGCAGGAUCAUCAGCUUGAGCAUCUGGUGUGAACACCACAGAGGGAGAGAAACUCCGUGGAUGAACAUCCGUCUGCACUGAUCCAGAAAGUGAGCAGAGACACAUCUGUCUGACUCUACACAACAUUUAAUACAUGCUGACUGGAAUUCAUUCUCACCUUGAACUGAUAAAUUAUGACACAAACCAAAAUUGGCAUCAUGAUAAACCUGUCGCAGAAGUGAGGCUGUAUUAAUCUCUGCAGCAACAGUGAUUUCUUCAGUAAUGUAAGGAUCUCUAGAAUCGAGGAGCACAAGAGGAAACAUGAGUUUUUUAUUCUUUUCAGUCAAACUGAUUUUUCCAAAGUUUUUAAAAGAUUGAUUGAUUGCUUUAUUUUGAACAUAUAAAGAGUUAAAAAUAGAAAAAAUAAAAAAGAACCCAACAACAAAACAAGACAAAAGGAAAAAUAAAAGGAAACCGAAUAGCUUAGAUCUGUCAGUACCAUUUACAUGUUCAAAAAGGAGUAGGAAGAAGUAAAACUUAUUUAAUCCUACCCCUCUACCGCCACCCCGUUUUAAUCUUAUAUCAUCCUAUCCAUGAGUCAGAUAAUAAGCACAUAUAUACAUACACAUAAAUUCAUUACAAUACUCUGUGUGUCAACCUUAUAUACGUACCCGCAUAAAUAUCUAAAUACUCUAUACGCCCACCCUAUAUAUACCUUCAUUUAAAUCUGUAUGCCCAUACACACACCCUUACAUGCACAUGUAUAUACAUACUCAUACACAAGAAGUAUAAAAUAAUUGUAAAUAUUUUUAAGGAUGAAAAUCCUCAUAGCAACAGAUCAGGUGGCUCAUUUAUUUUUUUUCCAUCAGCACAGUGAGUGAAAAGAAAUCUAUUAACCACUUUACAGAAUUAAAGGAGUAAGGGGGGUAAAGAGAUCUUCUUUUGCUCUGAUGAUGUUUAAGAAGUACAAAAACAUAGCACUCUUUCAUGUUACAUGUAAAAAUGGAACAAAUGUAUUUAUAAAAAAAAAAAAAACUACGACGAUGGUUCACAGACCAUCUGAUGGUGUAGACAUUUGAACCAGAAGCUGGUCGAACACUUUAUUAAAGCAGGAUGUAAACAUGAGUGAAGUGUGGAGGAGCUUACAGGCCCACAGUAUUUACUUACUCCCCUCACAUUUUUUAAGAUUCAAAGAGACAAAUCUUUGAUUAUUGUUCAGAAUAAAGCACAUACAGUAUUUUGUGUAUUUUUUUAUUCCUAGGUUUAUCCUGUUCAGUUUCAUUUAAUUAUUUCUUAAAAUCCCAUUUGUAUGUAUUUUUAUAUUUACUGUAUGUAUUUUCUCAAAUUAUUUUUAUGUCUUGCAUAAAGCACUUUGCAUGGCCUUGAUGUUGAAAGAUGCUGUAUACAAAUGCAUCUGUCUUUUAUAUGAAUGUACUGUGUGCUCUUAAUUCACCAGAUUGUAACAAUGAUGGCUGUUAAGUUUUUACUGGAGGAGGGUGAUUCACAAUGUUUUCUAUUUUAAAAUAAAUUCCUCUGAUUAUUAA